UGGUUUUAAAAUGCCUCGGGAGCAUCGAGCUGAGUGUGUGUGCACUUGCCAGACCCAGUAGUCUCAGUUGAAUCGCAAAUUAUUGAAAGAAAAGAAAGCCUUGGGAGAGUAGGAGUAGGGGGAGGAGUAGGAGAGACGGGAGUAGGUCGGCCGUAACAAUCCUUUUCCUUUCCCAGAUGAUGAGAACGGUGCCGAUCGCAUCACAUUCCGCGUAGCGUUCCACAGCCGUCCUAUGUUGAAGUGCCAUCGCUCUAAUACAAAACUAACGGAGCCGCAGCGUCUGAUUGCGCUCAACUCGGCUCCAAUACGGAAAAUCGGUCAGUGGCUGUGCGAGGUCUCCGUCUGGCCGAUAUUCGGUGGCGACGGGACCUUGAACGAUUGAACUGUUGAAGAAGUGGGUGAAGUAAAUACGAGCACACCACUCAAGACGAAAUUAAUAUGGAGAAUCGCAGAGAGGAGGGAGUAUAACGAGGAUAGGGGGAACAAAUCAAAUCCAAAUAUUUACUAUUCGGAUUAUUUCUAUUUUGAACACUACACUUUGAAUUGGAAUUGAGAUUUGCUGGGCAUUUUCACAGGCAAGCAUGAACGGAAAGGAGGCGAGGUUUUGCACAGGAUGCUGGAGGCUACUGAUGCUGUCAAGCAUUAUGGUUAUACACUUGAUUCCACUCUUUGUACAUGGGAAAACUGCAGGGUCCAAUGUCACUGAGUUGGACACAGCAGCCAACGUGACAUCCCUGCCCAGUGAGGUUGAGGAGGCUGCCAGAGGAAAUGACGCCUCUGUUGAGGUGACCGAGGUCAGAGGCUCAGUAAGCCCGGUCGUCACCGUGACCCAGAGGGCUGGCCGUAUGCCCCGUGCUGGAGAGGAGCAGGGCAGUGGCAUGCUGGAAGAAAGGGUGGGGCCAGCUGAGGAAGAGGCGGCGGCGACCACCCCACCCAGGAUCAGCCCUGACUCGGCCGAGACAGAGCUCCUGCUGCCUAGCAACCCCCGCGGAACAGAAGAGGAGGAUGAAGAAGACCGCAUUGAUCCACCGUGGCUCAAUGCCAGUGACAGCGUCUUUGACCUGGACCAUAGCUUACAAGAGGAUGUGGCCAGUCGGGUCACCAUCACCGCUCCUCCCCCUGCCGCUGCCAACCCCUCCCACCCUGACAUCCUCACCGUGGACUUCUUCGACUCCGCCUCUCACGGCCGCGGACUGGACUUGGCUCCACCCUCCCCCUCCUCAUUGGCCCAUGAGCUUCAGGGCAGCGACCCCACUUCCUGGGCCAUGCCGGAAAGCUAUGACUACCUCACACCGUACGAGGACGGUGCGUCACCCACCCCUGACGAGUACUCCUACAGCACCACUACGGACACGGUCGACGGAGAAGACGACUUGAGGCUAACUGCAGGGCCUCCGUCCCGCUCCAGGCCCAGGGCCCCCCCAGGCUCCGGCUCCUUCACCCCUGACGAGAGGUUGCGCGGUGGGGGCGCUGCGGUUGCUCCGGACGGCCCUGCGCCCGCCCCUCCUGCGUUGCCCGUGGAUGGCUCCGACGGGGCAGGCGGCUGCCGACUGGGUUAUGUGAAGCAGAAUGGAACAUGCCGCUCCCCUUGCGACACACUGCCCAGCUACUGCUUCAAUGGAGGCCAGUGUUAUCUAUUGGAAGGCAUGGGUGUCUUCUGCAGGUGUAAUGUCCAGGACUACAUCUGGCACAAGGGGGCCCGCUGUGAGUCAGUGGUGACAGAGUUCCAGGUCCUGUGCCUGGCCAUUGGGGCAUCUGCCCUCAUGGUGCUGCUGCUCUUUAUGAUCAUCGUCUGCUUCGCCAAGAAGCUCCACGUGCUCAAAACUGAGAAUAGCAAGCUGCGCAAACGCAGCAGUAAAUACCGGCCUCCAUCGGAGCAGCACAAUGAUAAUUUCUCCCUGUCCACCAUCGCUGAGGGCUCCCACCCAAAUGUAAGGAAACUGUGCGACACCCCUCCUAACGUCCCUCAUGCCCGUGCUUUGGCUUACUAUGAUAACAUUAUCUGUCAGGAUGACCCCAAUACCCAGAACAAGCUGGAGGACCCCGUGAAGGCCCCGGUGCCCAAGGAGGACGAGUCCCUGAACAUCCAUAACUCCCUGACCCCCAAACACGAGAACCACAAGGUCCUUGGCGAGGAGAACUCCUCGGAGGUAAACUCACUGCAGAACAACAUGAUGUAGAAGUCUGGUCAGGAUGAGCUCCGGCCACCACGACUGCAACUACUACCACCAACCAACCAACGUCAACAACACGGCAACACUUGCCACAAAGCGGCCUACGCCGCUGCAAAACAAAAACAACACACCACCCCUGCUGAAACACCUCCCCCACCUGCCGCUGUCUUGCGACCCCUUACGCCCAAUCACACCCCCUGCCUCGCAGCCUUGCCCCUUCGUUGCUGUCACUUUACUUCCCCUUGCCCCCCACCCGCACGCACAUAAACACUCUCU